AUGCCUGGUAUCGUCUCGGCGACCGGCGUUCUCGCCUUUCUCACAGAUGAGGAGCCUGAGCUCAAGGUCUUUGCUCUGCAGACCCUCAACGACGACAUAGAUACUGUCUGGACCGAGGUUGCUGCCGUGCUAACCCAGAUCGAAGCACUUUACGAAGACGAGUCCUUCCCUCAACGCCAGCUCGCUGCGCUAGUUCUUGCCAAGGUCUACUACCACCUCCAGGCCUACAAUGACAGCAUGGUGUUUGCCCUCGCCGCAGGUGAUCUCUUCAAGCUCGAUUCUCCAGGCGAGUUCGAAGAGACCAUCAUCUCCAAAUGCGUCGACCAGUAUAUCGCCGUCACUGCUGCCAAGAAGUCGACUUCACAAGCUUCCAAGGAUAGCGAUGAACUAGCUACCACCUUCUCAAGUGGUGUCGAGGGCGCCGUUAUGUCACCUACUACUCCCUUCUCGCGAACAACCCUGCCGCCCAAGUCACUGCUCUCUCGCGAUUCGAUCGAUAACACUUUGCUCGAGGCAACCUUUCAGCCCAAGCAGUUCCGCUCUGGCUCCAUUGCUGAGCUCCCGGAACAGGCUACUGAUUCUCUUCAAAGAGUUAUUGAUAGACUUUUUGAGAGCUGUUUGCAGCAGGGACGAUACCGACAGGUAGUUGGUAUUGCCGUUGAGGCCAAGAACUUGGACGUUCUUCGAAGUGUCAUCAAGCGCGCGAGUGACGACGAGAAGAAGGCGAAAUCAAACCCCCUCGAAAACUCGCCUGGCCCUGCGGAAGAUCUUAUCGAAUAUACACUGGGUAUUUGCAUGGACAUUGUUCAAGAGAGGGGUUUCCGAACCGAAAUCUUGAGGCUCAUUCUUGACCUCUUAAACGAGAUCCCUAACCCUGAUUACUUUGCCAUUGCCAAGUGUGUUGUUUAUCUCAACUCUGAUGAGGAGGCCUCUCGCAUGCUUCGCAACCUUAUUAAGAGAGGUGAUCGAGCUUCCAUCGCCAGCGCGUAUCAAAUCGCUUUCGAUCUUUACGACAAUGGUACACAAGGAUUUUUGGGCAAUGUUCUAGAGUCGCUCCCCAAAUUCUCUUCGGCUGAGGAUAACGCGAACGAGAAUGGCGAAGAGGCCAACGAGAGGGAAUCCCUUCUGAAGAACCAGGAAGACUCACCUGAAAAUGAUUUACCCGAGCCUACACGCAAGGCCUACACCAACGUCCGGGCUAUCCUUGACGGAAGUAAGACUAUUCGUCUCAACCUCGAGUUCCUCUAUCGCAACAACCGCACCGAUUUGAGUAUCCUCAACAAGGUCCGCGACAGCCUCGAAGGCCGCAAUUCAAUCUUCCACACAGCUGUCACAUUCUGCAACGCUUUCAUGAACCAAGGAACCACGAAUGACAAGUUCUUCCGUGAUAACCUAGAAUGGCUUGGCAAGGCAGUGAACUGGUCCAAGUUUACCGCUACUGCCGCACUUGGUGUCAUUCACCGCGGAAACCUCUCACAAUCUAGGAAACUGCUUGAGCCAUACCUCCCCAGACAGGGAGGCCUCAGCAGCGGCUCUAUCUUCAGCCAAGGUGGUGCGCUCUAUGCAUAUGGACUUAUCCACGCCAAUCACGGAGCAGAGGCGCUAGAUUAUCUCAAGGAGCAAUUCGUUCAAGCUGAGGAAGAGGUUGUUCAGCAUGGUGGUGCUCUUGGUCUCGGUAUCGCAGGCAUGGCCACUGGCGAUACAGAGGUUUAUGACAAGCUCCGAGAGGUUCUGUUCCAGGAUUCUGCUCUCAACGGUGAGGCUGUCGGUCUUGCCAUGGGUCUGGUCAUGCUUGGUACCGGUAACGCCAAGGCCUUGGAGGAUAUGCUCACGUAUGCUCAUGAAACUACGCACGAGAAGAUUCUCCGUGGUCUUUCCAUUGGUAUGGCUCUUAUCAUGUUUGGCCGCCAAGAAGGUGCGGAUGGUUUGAUCGAGUGUCUUCUCAACGACCCCGAUCCUACUCUUCGAUACGGUGGUAUCAUGACUGUUGCCCUUGCCUACUGUGGUACAGGCAGCAACAAGGCUAUCAGAAAGCUCCUCCACACUGCUGUCAGCGAUGUGAACGAUGAUGUUCGUCGUAUCGCUGUAAUGAGUCUGGGUUUCAUCCUUUUCCGCAAGCCUGGCAGCGUACCUCGAAUGGUUGAGCUUCUGUCCGAGUCAUACAACCCUCACGUUCGAUAUGGUUCCGCCAUGGCUCUCGGUAUCUCGUGCGCAGGCACUGGUCUAGAUGAGGCCAUUGAUCUCCUCGAGCCUAUGAUGAAGGACCCUACAGACUUUGUGCGACAGGGCGCUCUGAUCUCCCUUGCUAUGAUUCUCGUUCAGCAGAAUGAGGUUAUGAACCCCAAGGUCUCGUCCAUUCGCAAGACCCUCAAGAAGGUCGUUGGUGACCGCCACGAGGAUGCCAUGACCAAGUUUGGUGCCGCCCUGGCACUUGGAAUCAUUGAUGCCGGUGGUCGCAACUGCACCAUUGGUCUUCAGACCCAAACCGGCAACCUCAACAUGGCCGGUAUCGUUGGUAUGGCUGUCUUCACUCAAUACUGGUACUGGUUCCCCUUCACCCACUUCCUAUCCCUAAGCUUCUCUCCCACCUCGAUCAUCGGGUUGGACCACGACCUUGAGAUCCCCAACUUCAAGUUCCACUGCGCCACUCGACCAAGCCUCUUCGAUUAUCCCCCCGAGCAAGAAGUUAAGACCGAGGAGGGACCCGCCCUGAUCGCUACCGCUAUCUUGUCAACUACUGCGCAGGCAAAGCGACGUGCUCAAAAGAAGGAGCGCGCUCAGCGACGAGAGAGCAUGGAUAUCGACAGCAUCCCCGCCAAAACCAGUGGCGACAAGAUGGACGUCGAUGAAGACAAGAAAGCCGAUGAGGCCGGCGACAAGAAGGAGGAGCAAGAGAAGGAAACCGCUGUUUCUGCAGAUACAAAGAAGAAGCCUGAGAAGGAGAAGGUUGGCUAUGAGAUUGAGAACAUGACCCGAGUGCUUCCCGGCCAGCUCAAGUACAUUAGCUUUUCCGCUGGCCGCUACAAGCCUGUGAAGAAGCCCACUGGUGGUCCCUUGCUACUCAUUGAUAACGAUCCUGAGGAGGAAAAGAGCUUGUUGGAGGAAAAGCUCAAGAAGGUCACCACUGAGCGAGCUCCUGUAGCAGGUCAGCAAAACGCCCGAGGUGGACGAUCUGGCGGUGCUCAAGGAAGAUCUCUUCUCGAUGGCCUUGCCGAGGCUCAGCGAGGAGGAGCAGCACCCAACAGUGCUAUUCUCGGACAGUUAUUGCGCAACAACCAAGGCCGGGCGCCGUUCAAUCUCCUCGAUGAUCCCCAAACUCCUGGGUUCAGGGCUGGUCAGGGUGCUGCAGCUGCUGCCGGCGUGUUGACUGCUGUCGAUGAGGAUUCUGAUGACGAAGAGGCCAAGACACCGGGCGAGUUCGAAUACUUCACCGAUGCCGAGGAUGAUGAAGAUGACGAUGAAUAG